AUGGAUACAUUCGGGGCCUUACUGUUGUGCUCGGCCCUAUUCCUCGCGUGGGCUGGGAUGGAACGAUGGAAACGAUGGAAGGACUUGUCAGCGUUUGCAUCCUCCAACGGCUGCAAACCAGCCCAGAGGCAUUUACACAACCCGUGGUGGCUACCCUUUGGCCUGGACAAAAUGCUGCCGACCCUCAAAGCAGACCGAGCAGGUAGACUGCCGGCGUUCAUGCUGCAAGAAUUCGAGAAACAUGGCCACACCUAUAGCCAACGAGUGACCGGCCAGCUGGUGGUUUUGACCAGAUCCCCAGCCAAUGUGCAAACCGUGUGCAAAACCCGCUUCAAAGACUAUGAGAUUGGGUCAGACCGUGCGGGAAACUUCGGCGCCCUCAUCGGCCACGGUAUUCUGGCCUUGGAUGGUCGAGAAUGGACUAGAUCUCGCGCCAUGUUGAGACCACAUUUCACGAGAAACUUUGAUCAAGACUUUGUACAAUUGGAAGGCCACGUCCAGCAUCUGCUGCGCCGGCUGAACGACGUGGCAUCCAGGAACAUGCCCGUCGACAUUGGCGACUUGUUCCUGAAGUUGAGCACCGACUUCGCAACCGAGGCAGUCUUCGGGCACAGCACCGAUUCCUUGCUCUUGGACUUGAAACACUGGUCAGGAGAGCAGGAUAAAGGGAGCGCAGGAGAUUUUUCUCUGGCCGUCGAUCACGCUCUUCACAUGCUAGGGCAGAGAGGUCAGCUCAUCAACUUCUAUUGGCUUCGCGAUUCACCUCGAUUUCGACGAUCUUGUCGGACUUGUCAAGCAUUCGUCAACCGAUACCUGGAAGACGCACGACAGUCCCAGUCGCAGACGAUCGUCGAAGACCUGGGAAAAGGAGGUACCACGUCGUUCAUGCAUUCACUGGUGGCCAGGGACAAUAUUCCCGCCGAUGUCAUAAGGGAUCAGCUUUUGGCUUUGCUGGUGGCAAGUAGGGAUACCUCAGCCUCAUUCGCCUCAUGGGUGAUCUAUGCCCUGGCCAGACAUACCGAAGUCAUGGCAAAGCUUCGGAGCUUGAUCGAUACUCACUUGCCCAGGGGUAGGCUUCCAACGGCGGCAGAUAUCGCCGCUCUCCCGUAUCUCCGCCACGUCCUGAACGAAACACUGCGGAUCUUUCCUGUGGUACCCCUGAAUGGGCGUACGGCCAAAGUCAAUACUAUACUCCCAGAAGGGGGCGGUCCUGACGGCAAAAGCCCGCUGUUGGUACCGGCAGGCACCAAGGUGGCCUUCAACAUUUAUGCAUUGCACCAUCGACGAGAUAUCUUUGGGAUGGAUGCUGACGCGUUUCGACCAGAACGAUGGGAAGAGGUUGGCGCUGGCACAGUGGGUGACUUCGAGGGAGCCUUCGUGCCCUUCAUACUCGGACCCCGCGUCUGCCUGGGCAAGAACAUGGCAAUGAUGACCGUCUCCUAUCUGAUCGUCCGCAUCCUGCAGAAGUUUGACCGCCUCGAGGCUGUUGACAGUCCCGCAUCACAAAGCCUACCGAGGGAUUCACGCAAUUGGCCGAGUGAAGACACUCGAUACGAUAUGGAGGAUAAGGAGACAACCUUCAGCAUCGGCGUAACGAUGUCUCCUCGUGACGGUGUUUGGGUGAAACUGCGAUCGGCAGGAGAUACAUAG